ACAGCACCAGCCAAUCAAACAGAGAAUGGCGGUGUCUGCCUAUUACUGCAGUCAGUCCCAAUGGCGGCUUCAUGCAGGCAGGCGCGAUGGCGUACCGAACCGAUUUUUAGAGCAAAUUGGAUUUUGCUUCGCACAAGGUCACUGCUCAACAACCUGAGAUAUGAAUCAACAAGGGAUACGAUCGGAUGGGGCUGUGUGCAUCCGUUGUCACGAUUACUGCGUAUUGGUGGUUGAUCACUACAUUCCAGAAGAGUGCAAAACCGACAAAUUUCUCUCAGAUUUGGACACGAUCAUUUUACUACGGUGGACCAAAUGGAAUGCUGCUUGCGUCAGUCAAUUUUUAAAUGAGAUAAUCAACCGCAGAAUUCCCAGUAUAGCUGGUGUACCUUCUAGCAAUGCCUCUUCAAUACACAGCAGACUAUGCUGUCUUAUUCUCCCUGGUUUUACUUACAAAGGAAACUAUACACUCUCAGUCACUGAACCGCAAUCCGGACAUCCAAUCCAUAAAGAUGACACAGACGCAACCUUUAGAUUGGCCAUGGAACUUGGGGUGCAUGUGUUGCAACUACACGAGUCCACUAACUCACUCAGUUUCGGUUUGCACAUACGGGGCAGUUCUAACUACCAGUCAGCUCUGAAAACAAACAAUACUAAGCACGAGGGUUCAUCUGUAUCUCGUCACGGCGGAAAGUAUACGCAUGCGAAAAACGUCGGGAUGGUUCUGUAUCAAAAAUACGGUGUUGGCUGCUUGCAGCUCGUUCCAAUGUUUGAAACCCAAUCAGACGACUCUUGUGGCUUCAGUGCAUUAUUUCGCUGGAUGCCUCACCGAGCAUCCUGGCCGGACGAGGAACGAGCAAGCCAAUACAUGGUUUGCUGUACCCAAGAAAUCCUGCAGACAACCACAAAUUUGGCGGUAAAUCAUGCACCAAAGGACUCUCAGGAGCCUCUCUCCGUUUUGAAAUCGGUGCGGAAACUACAAUUGCUGGUGGAGAAUUUAAUGCUGAUCUGUGACGAAAUACAUUCAAAUGAAAAUACUUCCAAAACCAGUCCUACGAACAAACCAUCGUUUCGCUCUGGUCUGACAAAAUCACAAGCAUUCGUUACCGCUCUGAAGCAGAAUGGAUCACUUAGCAAGCCAUACGCACGGUAA